CACAACACCUUUGAGAUUGCUUGCUAGGUGCAUUAUAGUUAUUAUUCAUUUCUUUAGUGUAAAUAAUUGCAAAAACACAAAUUAAGUUAAAAAAAAUUCUUUUAAAACCAUAAAAUUAUAUAAUUAUUAACAAGCUUUGUCGUUGAUGCCUUUGAUUUUUCCCAGUAGGUUUUGCAUGGUCACUGGAGACUCAAGAAGUCUGAAGAAUGACGAUCUCAGGAGCAGCACUGUUACUCCUAUGGAUAUCGGCCUUCUCAAUUGGUGAUGCAGGGAGUAAUUCCAUAAAUGCAAGUUUGGUGAAUACAACACAAGCCCUAAUACCUGGUAUCAACGUCAGUUCAGAAGCAUCAAGCUCAACAAGUUCCAGCGGCAGUAUCACAACAUCAUUUCCCGGAUCCAACCUUACCAGUGCUGCCAACAAUGUCGCAUUUCCAGUGACCUCUUUAACCACCAGUGACCAGAUCAGACUGGUGAAUGGAGAUGACCCAUGCUCUGGCAGAGUGGAGAUCUACCAUGAUGGCCAGUGGGGAACGGUGUGUGAUGACAUCUGGAACAUAAACAAUGCUGAGGUGGUGUGUAGACAGGUGGGCUGUGGCAGAGCUCUGGCUGCUCAAAGCAGUGCUUAUUUUGGACAGGGCAGCGGGCCCAUCUGGUUGGAUGAUGUGAGGUGCUCUGGAAACGAAUCUGCUCUGACACAGUGCCAGUACCCUGGGUUUGGGUUACACAACUGUGCUCACUAUGAGGAUGCUGGUGUGGUUUGCUCAGCAAUCAGACUGGUGAAUGGAAGUGAUCAAUGCUCUGGCAGAGUGGAGAUCUACCAUGAUGGCCAGUGGGGAACGGUGUGUGGUGACUUCUGGGACAUAAACAACACUGAGGUGGUGUGUAGACAGGUGGGCUGUGGCAGAGCUGUGGCUGCUCAAAGCUUUCCCUGCUCUGGACCGGGCAGCGGACCCAUCUGGUUGGAUGAUGUGAGCUGUUCUGGAAACGAAUCCACACUGACACAGUGCCAGCACUCUGGGUUUGGGUCUCAAAACUGUAGUCACCAUGAAGAUGUUGCUGUUCUUUGCUCAGCGAGUGCCCAGAUCAGACUGGUGGAUGGAGAUGACGAAUGCUCUGGCAGAGUGGAGAUGUACCAUGAUUGCCAAUGGGGAACGGUGUGUGCUGACUUCUGGAACAUAAACAACGCUGAGGUGGUGUGUAGACAGGUGGGCUGUGGCAGAGCUCUGGCUGCUCAAAGCAGUGCCCAAUUUGGACAGGGCAGCGGGCCCAUCUGGUUGGAUGAUGUGAGGUGUUCUGGAAAUGAAUCCUCCCUGACACAGUGCCAGCACUCAGGGUUUGGGUCUGACAACUGUAGCCACCAUGAAGAUGCUGGUGUGGUUUGCUCAGCGAUCAGACUGGUGAAUGGAGAUGAUGAGUGCUCUGGCAGAGUGGAGAUCUACCAUGAUGGCCAGUGGGGAACGGUGUGUGGUAACUUCUGGGACAUAGACCAAGCAGAGGUGGUGUGUAGACAGGUGGGCUGUGGCAGAGCUCUGGCUGCUCCAAUGUAUGCCCACUUUGGACAGGGCAGCGGGCCCAUCUGGUUGGACUAUGUGAGGUGCUCUGGAAAUGAAUUCUCCCUGACACAGUGCCAGCACUCAGGGUUUGGAUCCCACUACUGUAGUCACUAUCAAGAUGCUGGUGUGGUUUGCUCAGCAAUCAGACUGGUGAAUGGAAGUGAUCAAUGCUCUGGCAGAGUGGAGAUCUACCAUGAUGGCCAGUGGGGAACGGUGUGUGGUGACUUCUGGGACAUAAACAACACUGAGGUGGUGUGUAGACAGGUGGGCUGUGGCAGAGCUGUGGCUGCUCAAAGCUUUCCCUGCUCUGGACCGGGCAGCGGACCCAUCUGGUUGGAUGAUGUGAGCUGUUCUGGAAACGAAUCCACGCUGACACAGUGCCAGCACUCUGGGUUUGGGUCUCAAAACUGUAGUCACCAUGAAGAUGUUGCUGUUCUUUGCUCAGCGAGUGCCCAGAUCAGGCUGGUGAAUGGAGAUGACGAAUGCUCUGGCAGAGUGGAGAUCUACCAUGAUUGCCAAUGGGGAACGGUGUGUGAUGAUGUCUGGAACAUAAACAACGCUGAAGUAGUGUGUAGACAGGUGGGCUGUGGCAGAGCUCUGGCUGCUCAAAGCAGUGCCCAAUUUGGACAGGACAGCGGGCCCAUCUGGUUGGAUGAUGUGCAAUGCUCUGGAAACGAAUCUGCCCUGACACAGUGCCAGCACCCUGGGUUUGGGUCACACAACUGUAGCCACCAUGAAGGUGCUCAUGUGGUUUGCUCAGCGAUCAGACUGGUGAAUGGAGAUGAUGAAUGCUCUGGCAGAGUGGAGAUCUACCAUGAUAGCCAGUGGGGAACGGUGUGUGGUAACUUCUGGGACAUAGACCAAGCAGAGGUGGUGUGUAGACAGGUGGGCUGUGGCAGAGCUCUGGCUGCUCCAAUGUAUGCCCACUUUGGAGAGGGCAGCGGGCCCAUCUGGUUGGACUAUGUGAGGUGCUCUGGAAAUGAAUUCUCCCUGACACAGUGCCAGCACUCUGGGUUUGGAUCACACUACUGUAGUCACUAUCAAGAUGCUGGUGUGGUUUGCUCAGCAAUCAGACUGGUGAAUGGAAGUGAUCAAUGCUCUGGCAGAGUGGAGAUCUACCAUGAUGGCCAGUGGGGAACGGUGUGUGAUGACUUCUGGGACAUAAACAACACUGAGGUGGUGUGUAGACAGGUGGGCUGUGGCAGAGCUCUGGCUGCUCAAAGCUUUGCCCGCUCUGGACAGGGCAGCGGGCCCAUCUGGUUGGAUGAUGUGAGGUGUUCUGGAAAGGAAUCCACUCUGACACAGUGCCAGCACUCUGGGUUUGGGUCUCACAACUGUAGUCAGCAUGAAGAUGCUGGUGUGGUUUGUGUAGCCAGUGGCCAGACCAAUCCAGUGAAUGAGGAUAAUCAAUGUUCUGGAAGCCUGGAGAUCUACAAUGAAGGCCAGUCGAGAACAGUGUGUGAUGACAUCAGGGACAUAAUGACGUUUAUGUCCCUAUUCAUUAUUAACUCCAGUGCCCAGAUCAGGCUGGUGAAUGGAAGUGAUCAGUGCUCUGGCAGAGUGGAGAUCUACCAUGAUGACCAAUGGGGAACAGUGUGUGAUGACACCUGGAACAUAAACAACACUGAGGUGGUGUGUAGACAUCUGGGUUGUGGCAGAGCUAUGGCUGUCCCAGACAGUGCCCACUUUGGACAGGGCAGCGGGCCCAUCUGGUUGAAUGAUGUGAGGUGCUCUGGAAACGAAUCCUCCCUGACACAGUGCCAGCACUCAGGGUUUGGGACUCACAACUGUAGUCACCAUGAAGAGGCUCAUGUGGUUUGCUCAGGAGCAUCAAAUGAAUAGGUCCCCAUCUGCAUGCUGUUUCUGGACCCUCUCUGUGUCUGUCUGCUUUGAUCAGUCACUUGGGUUUCAGUCAUUGAUCUGUUGUUUGCUCCUUCCUCUUCACUCUCUUUGCUCUGAUUGGUCAUAUACCUGUAGUUUGUUAUUGUGAUUGUAGCCAGUGCCCCCUGUAUAAUCAUAAAACAAGCAUUCAGGGAACCCAAAGAAAGCCUAGAAGAAAUGAUUCAAUCUAUGUAAAACACCAAUGCAGUGAUUUAAACAGAAAUCCUACAGACCUAUUAACACUACAUAUCAAAAAAGGAAGACACCUGAGCAACAUUCUAACUUUUCCUGAUACCACAAAGUUGCUGUUAUCAUUGCAAAAUUCUAAACCAUACAAAUAAUAAACCAGCAACCCUUAUAAUCCUUUAAAAAGCUUCUAAUAGAUUUUGGUGGAGUCUGCAUUUGCUGUCAUUUAUGUCUUUUCUUUCACUUGUAUAAUGAAAAAAUAAAAUAAAGAAAAAUAAAAUAUAAAUGGCUGGACAUGUAUUAAUUCACAUCUGUAGUAGUCUGAUCUUGGCCUGAUUGCCAGUGAUCACCAUACUGUUUUGGACUGACAUUUUCUUAUUGGUUUGUCUUUGUACACAAUUUUAGAUUUGUAAUCAAACAAUUCACAUGCACAUUCUCAGCUUUUUAAAAUUUCAUUUCAGGGUGUCAUAACAUUUGGGACAAAUGGCAUCAUAGGUGUUUCUGAUUAGUGUGCUCAAUUGCUUUCCUAGUGCAGGGAA